AUGGCAAGUUCUGUGAUAGUGAUUGGGAGUUUCCCCAUGAUCUUCCUCGGGUUGACAUCCUGGAGUUUCCAAGUCAGAUAUGCCUGGUAUAUCAUCUUCAUCAUCCUCUUCCAAUUUGGAUGGGCAGCAGUCCAAAUUUCUCACCUGGCACUCAUGCCCAACCUUACUCAGAACUCCGAAGAGAGGGCAAAACUCAAUACAUACAGGUACAGUGAAUUGGAUGCCCUCAGAGAGGAAUACAAGGAGCCGGAAAUUUGUCAGGGGAACCCAAUUCGAAAUCCAAACUGGAAUUUUCCAUUUGGACUAAAGAUGUAUGGAAUGCUGGUGCUGUCGAAUAUCCUGCCCUAUAUCCUCGUAUGGCUGGUGUUGGGAAUCGCUGGUGGAAGUGGGAAUCAAACGGUGGUGUUGAUUGGGGUCGGGAUAGGAACUGUCUUCACGAUCGUAUUUCACAUGCUCACGCCCGAGAGGGUCCAUUCAGCCAAUAAUCCAUUCAGUAUCAGUGCGGAUGGAAGGAAAAACUUCAGGAUUCAAGAUUGGUUCACCAAACUCCAAUUCUACCAGACGGCGGUGUUGUAUAUGGCAUCGAGGCUCUUCUGCAAUCUGGUGCAGAGCUUCAUCAACCUGUAUCUGCAAAUAACUUUGCACAUGCCGGCAGAGAGCGUAGCCAUCAUUCCUUUGGUCAUCUUUCUCUCCGGCUUCUUCUCCACUUUCCUCAUCGAACGCUCCAAUGAAGCACUGGGCCGAGUCGUGACGUUCACGAUCGGAGGAGUCCUAGGGAUGACAGCUAGCGUCUGGGUGUCCCUCGGAGUAGCCUCGGAGAACUUCCAGUAUCAGGUGUAUACGAUCGCAGUGCUGUACGGGUACUCGACGACUGCUGUUGUCGUCACGGCCUUGAACCUAACAGCCGAUCUCAUCGGGAAACAAGAGCAUACCGGUGGCUUUGUCUACGGCUUCAUGAGCUUCACCGAUAAGCUGGCCAGCGGAAUCGCCAUUUGGAUCAUAGAGUACUGUGUUCCCUACUGCAGCAACUCAGGGGAUUAUGUACCUCUUCCUCUGAUUGGGGGGAACAGGAUGGCGUCAUGUGAGAGUGUGGAGAAUUACUACAGGAAAAGCCUGGCGUUGGGAGCAGGGUCCGCCUUGCUCCUUGCCCUCUCGGCCCUCGCCACAAUCCACUUCAGCCGAAAUAUGUCCCCAUCAGACCCUCAAAGAUACAGAGAGAUACUCCAAGUAUCACCGAUAGAGGGUGCCUCCAGAGAUCUCAUUCCCUUGGAGAUGAAUCAAGAAGAAUAUGUGUGAUCUCAAAGGGAAUAAAAAUGUCUGUUGUGCAUGAAUGCGCCUGUCGAACAGCAGUG